AUGCGACCCCCACGCCUACUGUUACUGGUCUUCUGCUUGAUCUUCUUUCCCAUCUUCUUGAGCAUCUACUCCGUUCUCACUUCGUCUCCUCGCGUCGCUACUCCGUCGUCGUUCGCCGGUCGAGCGACCGGGCUGCACGCCCUCUUGUCGUUCAACAUCCCCGCCUCCCUGUUUCCUCCCUCCGCCAUCAUCAGCCUCACCGAUGAUAACUCCACCUUCUUCUUGGCCAGACCUGCCGCGUUUGGCCCCCUUCUCUCCGGCAGCGGCCUCAGCGGACAAUUGUGGGUCGGUAGCGGGUUUGGGGACAAGACGGCGCUGGGGGCGGAAGGCGAACUAGGCUGCUCCGAUAUUCCAGGAUGGGAGGAAGGAGGUGAUUCUGCGCAACGGCGGGUCACGCCACAGGUACCUCCGGACAGCGCCUUUGCCCACGCCAUCUCGGGUGUGGGUAAGGACUCGGCCGUCUCGUCGAUCCACCGCCGCUCCGAUUCGCCGCAGGAUACCGACCCGCAACAGCACGCCGAGGACAGCUUGACGCCGUCGUCGAAGGAUGGGACCGAUGAUUACCUUCACCAUCCACUCGCAGACUCUACCGCGAUGGGCCCCGGUGCCUCGGGAAAAUACGCCAAAUACACGAACCGGCAAACCACGCAUGCGGAUAUCCAGUCGCUACAGGAGAGUGCCGAGAUCGAUGGCAAAGUCGUUCUCUUGAGCAGGGGUGGCUGCGGAUUCUUGGAGAAGGUGAAGUGGGCGCAACGGCGUGGUGGAGUGGCGUUGAUCGUCGGGGACGAUACGCGGGGAGGGAGCCUGGUCACCAUGUAUGCCCGGGGCGAUACGUCCAACGUCACGAUUCCCUCGCUGUUUACAUCACAUACUACCGCCCACCUAUUGUCGUCUCUUGCGCAGGCUGAAGAGUCAAGCACCAGCGACCGUUCUCGGGUGCCUCUCUCGAAGAACCCGAGUCAAAACGGGGGCUCGGGGAGGCAACCCACAACCACCACGACUUCGACCGUUGCCUCACCCACGGCGACGCAGAACGCCCUAGAAGACGAGGCGCCAACCUCCGCGGAGCGGAAUGAGGGGCUUCUCCACGCCCUCCUGUCGACCUUGGGUUUCGGAAACGACGCGGGGCGCCCUUGGCUUGCGGCGAAGGACAGCCGACGCCCACCGACCAGCGGUAACAUCAACUGGAUCCCACGGGAUGUCCUGGAGGACCAGGAUUCGUCGCGGACUGGUGCGGCUAAGGCCGCUGGCCAAACCAAAGGCAGUCGUGCCAGUAAGGAUCACAGUAAGAGAUAUGAGACGGAGUCAGCCAGUAGUGAUGGAGAUGGUUUCAUCAUUGGCGUGCAGGAUUGGCGAGACCCGGAUCUUGUAGCUCCGAAGUCGAAUUCUCCCGCCAAUGGGGCCGCAGAGCCCGGGAACAAAUUACAGAAGGGCGAGCAAGACUCGCAUCCGACAUCCGCCUCGUUGAAAGGAGGCAGUAUCACCCCGGGGAGUGGCGAAUAUCGCAUCAUGGAUAAGUCCAAGCUCGACAAAGCUGCGGACACCGAACGAUCAAGCAGUCGUAACCUUCUUCUAGAAGACUCGAGCCCGGGCUGGUUCUCCCGGCACUUUCGCUGGUCGAAAGGCAAUGCGUUCGAAGUGGCUCGAUCUCCUCAGUCGCAUUCCAGUCGCGCGGGCAGCACUGGGGGCGACCCCUCGGAACACGAAGGAUUGUGGGUGACAUUGAUGCCGGCGAACAUGUCGGCCAGCCCAUUCUUCGAUACGCUCCUCGUGUUGGUCGUCAGUCCUUUGCUCACCCUAACGGUGGUCUAUGCGCUUCUUUUGCUCCGAUCGCGGAUCCGCCGGAGACGGUGGCGGGCACCCAAAUCCCUUGUGGAGCGUCUCCCCGUCCGGACGUACCACACCAUCAGCACUUCGUCCUCCUCGGCAACGAGCACGCCGCGAGCGACCAGCCCUGGGCCCCUCACCUCCACUUCGCCGCUUUUGGGCCACCGGAACACAUCGGGAAGCAUGCGGUCCCGCGCUCGAUCGCCUCCACCCGGCGCUGUGUCGAGCUCGCAGGGCGCGAUGCAAGGAUCGACGCGGAGGGAGAAGGCCGACUCGUCAAGCUUAUGGCGACGGAAAUACACGGGACGCCAGGUUGAGUGUGUCGUCUGUCUGGAGGAGUACGUCGACGGACAGAGCCGCGUGAUGAGUUUGCCCUGUGGACAUGAAUUCCAUGCCGAGUGCAUUACUCCGUGGCUUACUACGCGCCGACGAACAUGCCCCAUCUGCAAGGGCGACGUUGUUCGAUCCAUGUCGCAAAACCAACCCUCACAUCCCCGCGACACCACCGAGCCAGUGACGGACGAAGAAAUUCUACACAGUUCGUCAUCAGCCCCCAUGCCCAUCAUCACAGCCGCCAGCGAAGAAGGAUACUCCGACCCCGAAGCACCCCACGUCUCCGACGCAGGGCGUCUCGAGGAGCAAGCUUCCUCUGCACCACAACCGGGGUGGCGUAAUCUGGCCGCAUUGAGCUUCUCGGCUCUCAGCGGCGACACUAUCUGGCAUCAGUCUCGAUAUGAUAGCAGCCGGUAG